UAACGCAGUAUGUUACUAGAUUCUGGUUAAAGGAUUAGCAAAUCUGGUAUCAAAUUGAUUCGUUAUGACAUAGUGAUUGUGGUGUGUCAGUUAAAUUAAAUCAUAUAAACAAAUACAGUAAGCAGUAUGCGUGGUACAUAGUUGAAUAUUAAUCGUUAAUUCAAUGAUUGUUCUUUACUUUGUUUUCUUAAAGAAACUAGUAAAUUCUUAUACUUAAAGAAUGAACGAGGACGAGACAGAUAAGAAUCUCUCUAUGCAAAAGGUUCUAUUACCUGGUCACGAACCAGGAUGGAACGAUCCUCCGAAGUGGGCAUAUUCUGGCGCGCAAAGUUCUACACCUACCAAGAGGUUAUUGAACAAGAGGAUAGCAUUUCCUUUAUCAUCAACACAGGCUUCCAAUAAAAAUUCUUCGCCAUCGAAUACUUCUACUGCCAUGCCACCGCCAUUACAAUCAUCUGUUAACUUGACAACAGCUUCUCAUCCACCAUUGAUACCUCCUUCCAAUGUAGACGCUGAAAUUGAUACAAGGUUACCAGAAAUUGACAAGGCACAGAUGUUAAAUGAUGUCCUAAAAAUUCUGGAAACCGUUAUUGAUCAACAUGUAGAUAAAAAUAAAGUGGAGGAGAUAAAGAAAAGAUUAGAUCUGCUAAAAACUGCCUGGCUAGAAGAUAAAUUAAAUAAUGUUAUAUGUACAAAUGUUCUAGACUUGUCUAAAGCCUUACAAGAAGGAAACGUUGAAAAAGCUGAUCAAAUACAUCUAAUGCUGAUAAUGCAACAUGCAAGCCUAUGCAGUUCAUGGAUACCUGGAAUUAGGCACAUUAUUUUAGAAUUAAGAACUAAACAACAAGACUUGAAUACAGUGCAAUCUUCUAAUUGAUAAUCAUAAUCGUUUUCAUUUAGAAAGUGCAAUAAGUUUGAAAAUGGAGAAAGUAUAAAACAAUUCUUAUUAAUUUCAGCCGUUUUUGCUUACGUGAAAUGUACUUUUAUGUAAAAUAUACUUUCGUUUAUGUAC